GGAAGCAGUAGUCUGAAUUUCAUGCAGUAGCCUGCCGAGGAAACACUUCUUAGUAAAUCAGAUAUUCCUUCACUUGCAGGUCAAUAUGGGGAAAAAGGUUGCUGUGAUAGGAGCUGGGGCUAGUGGCCUGGUUGCUAUUAAAAGCUGUUUAGAGGAAGGAUUGGAACCCACCUGCUUUGAGAGAACUGAAGACAUUGGUGGGCUAUGGAGAUUCAAAGAAAAUCCAGAAGAUGGCAGAGCAAGUAUUUAUAAAUCUGUCAUUAUCAACACUUCAAAGGAGAUGAUGAGUUAUAGUGAUUUCCCAAUUCCAGAUGAUUUUCCAAAUUUUAUGCACAACUCCAAGAUAUUAAUAUAUUUCAAAAAGUAUGCAGAACAUUUUCAGCUGACACAGUACAUCCAGUUCAAGACCAACGUGUUAAGUGUUGCCAAACGCCCAGACUUUGCCAAGACUGGACAGUGGGAUGUCACAACCGAAAAAGAUGGCAAGCAGGAGACAGCCAUCUAUGAUGCUGUACUUGUUUGUAGCGGCCAUCAUACAGAUGCUCAUCUCCCUCUGGACUCAUUCCCAGGAAUCCAAAAUUUUAAAGGACGCUACCUUCACAGUCGGGAUUAUAAGAACCCCGAAGAAUUUGCAGGUAAAAGAGUGGUCGUGAUCGGUAUUGGAAACUCUGGUGGAGACAUUGCUGUUGAGCUCAGCAGAACCACAUCCCAGGUGUUUCUCAGUACCAGGAGAGGAUCUUGGGUUCUAAAUCGGGUCUCUAAUUAUGGAUAUCCAGUGGACAUGUUACAUCUUACUCGCUUUCUAAAUACACUGAAACAUGCCUUACCAGUUCCUGUGUUGAACUAUGUUGGUGAAUCCAAAAUGAACCAGCGGUUUGACCAUGCAAAUUAUGGCUUGAAACCUAAACACAGUAUUUUUAACCAGCAUCCCAUGGUGAACGAUGAUCUUCCCAACCGAAUUAUUGCAGGCACUGUACUGGUGAAAUGCAACGUGGCAAGGUUUACAGAAACGGAUGCCAUUUUUGAUGAUGAGAGUGAAGAAAAAAACAUUGAUGUUGUCAUAUUUGCAACAGGCUAUAGCUUCAGCUUCCCUUUUUGCAAAGAGAUUAAAGCGGAAAACAACAAAGUGUCAUUAUAUAAAUAUACUUUUCUGCCCGAGUUGGAGAAACAGACGCUGGCUGUCAUUGGUUUGAUACAACCGCUUGGAGCCAUCAUGCCCAUCUCGGAAAUGCAGUGCCGAUUGGCUGCAAGAGUCUUCACUGGAGCAAAAUUGCUGCCCUCAGCUAGCGCCAUGAAGGAGGAUAUCAGAAAAAAGAAAGAAGAGAUGGCAAAACGCUAUGUGUUCAGUCAGCGCCAUACCAUACAGGUGGACUACAUAGAAUACAUGGAUGAAUUAGCGGAAUCACUUGGUGUGAAGCCUGAUUUGUGGGAGCUUCUUCGUACUGAUCCCAAACUUGCUUGGCACGUCUUUUUUGGACCCUGCACACCAUAUCAAUAUAGAAUAGCUGGACCUGGAAAGUGGGACAAAGCUAGAAAAACCAUCCUAAGUCAAUGGGAUCGAACACUGAAGCCAACGAGAACUCGCUAUGUAGAACAAAGCUCAGGCAUUUCUCCUAUACAGUUGUUUCUUCUGGGGAUAUUGGUGGUUUUUGCUGUAAUAUUCUUUUACUCUUAAAAGAAAUUACUCAUACAAUUGCAGA